AACCGACCAAGUUAGGCUUGCAAAAUUUCAUAAAUUUCCUCACAAACACCUAACGUGUGAUAAAGGGGAGACUGGGGCUGGAAUAAUUUAAUAAAAUAUUUUGUGCUUCAGGUGAAAAUCUCGUAAAGUUCUUAGAAGAAAAUUAAAUUGAAAAAAUGAUUCAAAUGCCUUGAGAAGGUCGCUCAAGGAAUUCAGAAAACUCUGCAAAAUGAAUUCCAGAAGUUGGUUGUUCCUGGAAUUAAAUUGUGAGUCCUUUUUGGAAUUUUCAAAUUGGUCAAAACACAAGAAAAAAAUUCCAGAACAUUUUGAUAAAGAUAAAAUUAUUUUUUUCCUGAUUUCCGGGAAAAUUAAUUUUAACAGAUCCUUCGAACCAUAGAGAAGAAUUAAAGAUAAAUCAACGAUUCUAGGACCUAGCAAUUCUAAAUAGGUAGGUUUGAAUGUUUCAAAGAAUCUUUCACCAAUUAUUUCGCUUGAUAAAAAUUUCCAGAGAACCACGAAACCUUAUUCGCGAGUCCCAGCUUCCUUCCGCGCAAAUGCAAAAAAAAAUCUCUCAGUCUGAAAAAAUGAUAAAAUAGUUUUUGGGUGAAUUUUAGAAGCUACUUUAGCGCACAAUGGAUUAUUUUGACUCUGUAUUCGUCUGUAUUGCAAUUUUCUGCUCAAUCCUCGUCUUUUGUAUUCUGUGCUGUAACAACGGCAAAGAGGAUUCAGAAGUUCCAAUUCACCAGACAAGUGUCGUUGUGACUUCUUCAAACCACACACCACUGAGACAGACGACCUCCGCGGAAUCUCAACCACCUCGGAGUGGGGAACUUGAACGACCCAUAGGGUUCACAGCGGAAGUUUACAGCUCGGCACCUGCUAGUGGGAAUGUUCGUUCAUCCCCCAACCCGCCGUACCCUGUGGACAACCUUAUGCCGGUGCCAGAGAGCAGAGCCAGGGCACCGAGAAUGCAUCCACCGAGUGAUGAUGUAAAUCCACCAUCAUACGAACAAGUUAUGAGCAAUGAGGCUUACUAUCAUCAACCACCAAGGAAUUAGCCUUCCUGUGUGUUCAACUCCAUCCACAGAACCAUCUCAUCAUUGCCCUGGAAAUACUCAUCCUCCCACACUGUCAGGAUGUACCCCUCCACAACCCAGUUUUAUGUCCUGAUGUGAUUGGGUCCAUCUCUUUUUUGAUAAAAUCUCACCUGAUGAAAUGCAGGGAAAUUGUACUAUAAACAAAUAACUGAUGUAUGUACUUUUACUACUUAUACAUUAUUACCUACAUAAUAAAUGAGUGUUUUUUGUGAGCUUUCUUAGCUUUCGAUAACAUUUUAAUGAA